AUGAUGUCGGUGCUGCUCGUGCUGUACGCCACCGACGAGUUCGGGCUCAGCGACGUGGACGCGGGGCUCCUGUACAGCUGGUGGGGCCUGCUCUCCACGCUGUGGGCGGGGGUCUUCUGCUUCGUCAUCGACGUCACGGGGGUGAAGCGCUGCGCCGUCAUGGGCAUGCUGAUCGUCUGCUGCAGCCGAGCCGUCAUCCUGUCGACCACCAGCGUGUCGGUGCUGAGGCUCGUGCUGCUCGGGCUGUCCCCGCUCGCCGAGGGCCUCCUGGCCCCCGUGUACAUGGUCGGGAUCAAGCAGUUGACGCGUGAGGAGCAGAGGGCCCUCGCCUACGGGCUGAACUACGCGGCCCACAACGCGGGUGGUGGCUUCUCGGACGUGGCCAUCGACGUGUUGCGGGACCAGUACCGCGCAGACCCGGCGCGCUUCCAGGGCCGGCUUGGCGGCAUGGCACCCACGCCAGCCAGGGUUUGCCUGCUCCUCUCGGAGCUGGCGCUCCUGAUCAUCGGUCAUCGGCCUGCUGCUCACCUGCGGCCUUCCCGACUCGCUGGCGCCCCCGCUGGGCGAGGCGUGCCGGGCGUACAGGCGGUUCUACGACGAGAAGGACGAGGCGGAGCCCGCGGACCCCGGGGGCGUCGGCCACUGCCAGGAGUCACCGGAGCCUCUGGAGCAGGACGGGGCGCCGGUGCUGCGGGCGCGCGGGGCGGCAGCGCCGGGCCGCGGAGCGGGCUGGCUCGUCGCCUGCGCGGCCGGCGCGAGGGACCGCCUGGAGCUGCUGAGGAGCAGGAGCUUGCUGGCGGUGGCUGCCAUCAGUUGCUGCCUGGUGGGGACUAA